UCCCUCUCCCAAACCUCCUGGGAGAAGGGACGUGGGGGGAGGGGAAGAAACUUCCAAGGAGCUGGAAAGGGGGGGUAGGGAGACAGAAAUAAAGACACCAGACAGAGGGAGACACACACACACACACACACACACACACACACACACUCAGACACACAGAAAGAGAGGCCAACAGACAGAAGGAGACAGACAGAGAAAAAGAGAAACAGAGACAGAGAGACAAUUCAGAUAGAAAUAGAGAGACAGAGAUAGAGAGUGGGAAGCAGACUAACUCACGGAGUCAGAAGUAUAAAAAGGGAGAGAGACAGAAAGACAGGGAAAGAGAAAUAAACAGAAAAUUAGACACCAAAGAGAUACAGGAAGCAAAGCAGACUGAGGAGAGACCAAGAAAGAGGAGAGAGAAGCCAGGGCAGAGCAUGCCAGCGGGCGGCAUGGAGGGUCACCUGGCAUGGGAGAUGUAGUGGCCGCGACCUGGGCCAAGCUGGGUGGGCAGAGAGAAGCCGGUGCCUCGGUGGAGGUCAGGGGGCAUGGGAGGGGCAGGAAUUCUGCUGCUGCUGCUGGCUGGGGUGGGCGUGGGGGGGGCCUGGAGACCCCCAAAGGGAAAGUGUCCUCUGAGUUGCUCCUGCUCUAAAGACAGUGCCCUGUGUGAGGGCUCCCCGGACCUGCCCGAGAGCUUCUCCCCGACCCUGCUGUCGCUCUCACUCGUUAGGACUGGAGUCACCCAGCUGAAGGCCGGCAGCUUCCUGAGGGUACCGUCACUGCACCUGCUCCUCUUCACAUCCAACUCCUUCUCCAUGAUCGAGGACGAUGCGUUUGCGGGCCUGUCCCACCUGCAGUACCUCUUUAUCGAAGACAAUGAGAUUGGCUCCAUCUCUAAGAACGCUCUCAGAGGACUCCGCUCACUCACACACCUAAGCCUGGCCAAUAACCAUCUCGAGACCCUCCCCAGAUUCCUGUUCCGAGGCCUGGAGACCCUGACUCACGUGGACCUCCGCGGGAACCCGUUCCAGUGUGACUGCCGUGUCCUCUGGCUGCUGCAGUGGAUACCCACCGUGAACGCCAGCGUGGGGACCGGGGCCUGUGCCGGCCCCGCCGCCCUGGCCCACAUGCAGCUCCACCACCUCGACCCCAAGACGUUCAAGUGCAGAGCCAUAGAGCUGUCCUGGUUCCAGACGGUCGGCGAGUCAGCGCUGGGCGUAGAGGCUUUCUCCUACCAAGGGGAGCCCCACGUCGUCCUGGCACAGCCCUUUGCCGGCCGCUGCCUGAUCCUGACCUGGGACUACAGCCUGCAGCGCUUCCGGCAGGAGGAAGAGCUGUCUGCGCCCUCGGUGGUGUCCUGCAAGCCGCUGGUGCUGGGCCCGCGCCUCUUUGUGCUGGCCGCCCGCCUGUGGGGAGGCUCGCAGCUGUGGGCCCGGCCCGGCCCCGACCUGCGCCUGGCCCCGCUGCAGGCCCUGGCUCCACGGCGGCUGCUGCGGCCCAAUGACGCCGAGCUCCUGUGGCUGGACGGGCAGCCCUGCUUCGUGGUGGCCGACGCCUCCAAGGCGGGCAGCACCACGCUGCUGUGCCGGGACGGGCCCGGCUUCUACCCGCGCCAGAGCCUGCACGCCUGGCACCGGGACACGGAUGCCGAGGCCCUCGAGCUGGACGGCCGGCCCCAUCUGCUGCUAGCCUCCGCCUCGCAGCGGCCCGUGCUCUUCCACUGGUUUGGGGGCCGCUUCGAGAGGCGCACCGACAUCCCCGAGGCCGAGGACGUCUAUGCCACACGCCACUUCCAGGCCAGCGGAGAUGUGUUCCUGUGCCUGACACGCUACAUCGGGGACUCCAUGGUCAUGCGCUGGGACGGUUCCAUGUUUCGCCUGCUGCAGCAGCUUCCCUCUCGCGGUGCCCACGUCUUCCAGCCACUGCUCAUCGCCAGGGACCAGCUGGCUAUCCUGGGCAGCGACUUCGCCUUCAGCCAAGUCUUCCGCCUUGAGCCUGACAGGGGGCUCCUGGAGCCACUGCAGGAGCUGGGGCCCCCAGCCUUGGUGGCCCCCCGGGCCUUUGCCCAUAUCACCAUGGCCGGCAGACGCUUCCUCUUCGCCGCUUGCUUCAAGGGCCCCACACAGAUCUACCAGCAUCACGAGUUAGACCUCAGUGCCUGAGACUGGAAGGGCCCCUGGACAUGGCUGGCAGAGGGCUGGCAUGGGGAGUCCUGGGCCUCUGGAUGCCCCAUUGCCUAGACUCCUGGUCCUACUCAGAGGUGACUGCUGGUCCUGUGAGAUACUGACCACAGGCCAAGUUCAAGGCAAGAGCUGCUCGUCCAGUCUUAAGCAACAUCUUGGCUGAGGGCAGAUGACCCCUCCCCCUCCAAGGAUGACUUGGGGGCUCAGGCUGGGGCACCGCCACACGGAGACAGUACAGAAAUCGUGGGGGGCGGGGGGUAAUGUGCAGAGCUCCAUGAGGUCUGGAAGCGCCCCGCUCAACCCGCUCUCAACCCUCCUAUUCCCUGUAAAAGUACUACGGAGAGGAUAGCUUUCCUUUUCCUUCUAAACUCAAUCCAGCCAAUCGCUUUUAGUGCCCGCCUCCAUGACGUCAUCAGUAGCUGGGCAGUUUUCCCUGCCGGGCUUGCUAACUUCCUCUGCUGCUUGUGCGCAUGCCUGCUGCCGAGGCGGAAGCCCAGCGUGUCUUCCCUGUUGGCGCGUGCGCAGGGAAUAGGCGGGAAAUUGAGAAUUGUUGCCGGGAGUCCGAGAUACCCGUCCUCGGUCGGUGAAAGGGGCGAGGACAGAAAGUGUACGAGCUCAAUAAACGCGCUGUGCACCCGC